AUGCGAAUGGUGCCCGGUGGGUUGUGCAUGCGCAUGUGCGAUGAGGGUGCGAUAGAGAGGAGUGGCGGUGCUUGGGGCAAUGCUGCAGGUCAACCUUAUGGGGCAGCUCUCUGUUUUGUGAGGGCUGUGGGGAUGGGUGGGUGUACAUUAACACUGUGGAAUCAAAGCUGUAGAUCAAAUCAUCUGGCCACUGCCAUGUGUAAGGGCCAUGCAUUGCAUGACAGGCAUGUGGUGUGCAGGGUCAUUAGGAUGCUGCCCUGGGCACAGACAGCUGCCUGGGCUCUCGGGCCCUCCUGCUAA